AUGCAAAAGAACCUCAAGAAUAAGCCAAAAUUCAAAAAAGGCCACACUAAAGCUAAAAACACUCCAAAGAUGAAGAAAAAAGAUAAGGGGAUGAGCUGGAAGGUUACUAAAGAUAUUGAUAAGAAAAUUGAGAAAGUUAUGGCAGCCAGAGCUGAAAAAUUCGAUGAGAAGUUUGAUUUAGUAAAAGCAGAUGAAAGGCAUCUUGAUAUUAAAGGCAAAAAGCAUCCUAAUCUUUUGUCCUGUUUACUAAGAAAAAUAAUUGAAUGUUUUAGAAAAAUUAUUGCUAAUCUUUAAAAAAAAUGUUUUAAUAUUUGGCUUAAUUAUUUUUAAUAUAUAUUAAUGCUUAUCAUAAAAAAAUCCCAAGCAAAUUAUAUUAAAUUUAAGAUAGCUACAUACGUUUUAUAAUUAAUAUAAAUUUGUCAUUAAAUAUUUGUAAACUUUGAUAUUAAAAGAAUAAAAAUUUUUUAAAUAAAAGUAAUACCCCACUAAAUAAACUAAAUAAGGGAGAAUUAAGAAAAAAAAAUCAUAA